CAUGCUCUGACUUGACAUAUUGGUCAUUCAGACAGCCUUCGAGCCGGUUGCGGUAACUUAAACAUUUUGGAAUACAUGCGGCUUAACAUUAGGCCAUAGGCCUUUAUUUUUUAUUUAGGCUAUUUAGAUGAUGUAGACAUGUCAUGGCCUAUACUAAAAGCUUAUGGAUUACCCAUCGUUAAAAUCAAACCUACACUCGCUGAUAGGUAAAUGCUGCCAUGAAAACCUUUGGCAGGAACAAUGAAUCCUGGUGCAGAGCUACCUCCAAGAGCUAGAUCUGCACUCCCCUACAAGAUUCAGGAACCAGCCUGUACCAGUCAGAUCUCACCACUUCCCCUGAACCAGACCAGCAUGGCAGAGCUUCAGCUGCAGGUGGACUUCUUUCGUAAACUGGGCUACUUGCCUAAGCAGAUCCAGGCGGCCAUGGUGAAGCUGGGCAUGGGCACAGACACCAACGCGGUGCUGGCGGAGCUGGUGAGGACCAGGGCCUCCAGGAGCCCCACCCCAGAAAGGGACACUGUGGCUGAGGUCGGUGAGCUGAGGAGCCCUGGGAAGGCCACCCAGCCUCUGGUAACAAAAGAGAAGGAAGAGGACGAAGUGCCAGAAAAUGAACUCAAACCUAUUGUUAUUGAUGGAAGCAAUGUCGCCAUGAGUCAUGGGAACAAGGAAGUUUUUUCAUGCAGGGGAAUUGAGCUGGCUGUCAACUACUUCCUCAAGCGGGGACACAAAAAGAUCACGGUAUUCGUGCCCUCCUGGAGGAAGGAACAACCCAGACCUGAUGUGCCAAUCUCAGAUCAGCACAUCCUAAGCAAACUUGAGAAGCAGAAGAUUGUGGUGUUCACUCCAUCAAGGCGUGUAGGGGGCAAACGAGUGGUCUGCUACGAUGACCGCUUCAUUGUGAAGCUGGCCCAUGAACUGGACGGUGUAAUCGUCUCCAACGACACUUAUCGUGACCUGCAGAGUGAGAAGCCAGAAUGGAAGCGUUGCAUUGAGGAGCGACUGCUCAUGUACUCUUUCGUCAACGACAAGUUUAUGCCCCCUGAUGACCCUCUCGGUCGCCAUGGUCCCAAUCUUGACAACUUCCUAAGGAAGAAGCCGAUACUGCCAGAGAACAAACGUCAGCUUUGCCCUUAUGGAAAGAAGUGCACUUAUGGCAUGAAGUGCAAGUUCCACCAUCCGGAGCGUGCCAACCAAUCCCAGCGAGCGCUGGCAGACGAGCUGCGGGAGAAUGCCAGACUCACCACCACCCAGAAGGAGGGUGGCAGAGGUGCCAGUCUGACACAAAGGGGGAGCCCUACAUUUGGGACGAGCACAGCUAGAGAAUGUGCUGCAGUUUCUGGCACAAGUCUUUUUUCCGGAACGAGCUCCCCCUCGCUGGAGCAGCAGCUGCAGUACUCCCUCACCCUGGACCCCUGCGGGCGGCCCCUCCUCAAGGGUCAUGGAGGUGAGAAGCACUGGUGGGAUGGAGCAGCUUCUAGCAGAACGCUGUCCUCCAACAGCAGCAGCUCCAGUGGUGGCCACUCCGUACCGGAGUGGACCAGCCUGCUUUCCCCCUUCGCCACUGACCCGGCCUCUGUCUUCAGUGCAGACUCAGGCCUGGGUUCGUACGAGCACCAGCAACACCACCAGCAACAGCAGCACCAGCACAAACACCAGCAGCAGCAGCAGCAGAUGCAGCAGCAACACCAACAGCUGCAACACCAGCAGCAUCAGCAACACCAGCAGCAGCAGCAGCACCACCACCACCAGCAACACCACCAGCAGCAACACCACCAGCAGCACCAGCAGCAGCACCAGCAGUACCAGCACCAGCAGCACCCUAAGGACAUAUGCUGUGGCCAGGCCAGGCUCCCAAGCCUUCUGGAAGCACCUUCUGACUGUUUGGCCUGCUGCCCCCACAUGGCUGCCCCGCCGCCACCACUGCCGCACCUCCUGCAGUCCUGCUACUCCAGUCCAGUUGGUUGUCCUCCAUACCACCCCACCUGCAGGUAUGAGCCCCCUCAGUAUCCUCAGCCUUCCCAUAUGCACCACAACAGCCUACCCAGCAACAUCCAGCUCGGAGAAGGAGGAGGAGGAGGAGGUGGAGGAGGUGGAGGAGGAGGACAGGUAGGCCGAGGCCAGAAGAGCUGCUGGUCAGAAUCCCUGCUGUGGUUGCCGGGGGGCGUACUGAGCCCUUGCAGUCUUCCAGAGGCCAGGCGUCUGGCUAGCCUCGCAGGGCCUGCUCACUGCUACCAGCACCAGCUGCAGGUGUGGCCCGGAGCUUACGCCGGCCCGCCAGCGCAAGCACAGCCACCGCCGGUCAGCUUGGACCCAGAGAGGGAGGAGAUGCGCAAGAAGCUGCACGCCAUUUUCAACCCGUACCAGGUGGACCGAGUCAUGAGCAUGCACCCGCACCUGAAGGAUGCCCAGAGACUGGCGGCGGAGAUUCUCACCCUCAAGUCAAAAGGAGAAAUGCUCUAAGGAAGACUUCACUGCCACUUUUCUAUUUUCUAUCUUUUUUUCACUAUUCUAUCUAUUUUUUAUUUUCCUUUCCCAUGGCACUACAAAGUAUUUGUGGCCAAAUACACCAAAGAACCAAGGUCCAAUGUGACACAAAGACUACUAGAACUACGGUAUGAGUAUUUCUUUAUGUUGGGCUUUUCAGCCCAGGUGAUCUCAGUAGCCAUCAGUCUUUGGCAAGUAAUGUUAUAUGAUCAUUAUAUGCCAUUUCUUUGUUUGUCUAAUUGAACAGUAAAGUGGUCUUUUUUGUAAAGACUAUUGUGCACACUUGCCUUAUAAAUUUGCCUUUGCACUUGGUAUGAUAACUGUGUAGCGAGUAGCAAGGGCUGAAUUGUUGAUACAUAUUGUAUCUUGUCGGGUAUGAAUUGUAUUUUAAAGUACAAGGCAUUCAAAGUCAACAAAUAAACAUGUACUGUCAUAAAUGAACAUGUAAAAAUCAUGUUAUAAAUAUCCAAAUAGCACUUAACUACUUAGGGAUGAAUUCUCCCAUGUGCGUAAGGGUGCGUAAGUAAAAAAAAGUGUGUAACUAAGCGCUUUUUAGCCUGCAGGAAUUCUCCCCUUUACUUAAAUCUGUCAUUUAGCGCGAUGGAGGGAGUUACACGUUUUAGGAGGAGCAACCCCAAAAUCUGCACUCUUAAAAUGAAUGUGUUGUCCCUAUCUGGACACAAGAGAAUGUGUUAAAAAAAAACUAUGCAAGUUGUGUUGUUUUCAACUCAUGUUGUGUAACACAUAAAAAAGGAGACAACACAAACUGUGUUGUCCCUAUCUGGACACAGAUAUGUGUUAAAAACAACGCAAGUUGUGUUGUUUUCCACACAUUCGUUUUAAGAGUGUGGGCGUUUCUUAUCUAUACAACUCUUGCGCGCAUUCUGCCACUGACUUAAGCACCUUUUCAGCUACGCGCUCCUGAGGGCUGUAUUAAGGUCGAGGGCCACUACAAGGUGAAACAGCAUAUUGCUCGAUGUCGGCUCGAUUUACACGUGAAUGGGAGAAUUCGCCCCUUUGUGGCUAAUGUGGUGCUGGUUGUUGGUAUGGUGUUAUGUAUACACCAAACAGGAUUUACAUCACACACACUUUUCUCAAGUUGAAAUGUGAUAUCUAUUUGAAACUGUACAAAUAUUUUACUUAAUUAUAGAAUAGUAUAAAUAAAUCCUGAGUUUUAUUUCUGUCUCCUAUUUUUCUGACACUUCUGGGCAGAGAAAAUAUUCAGGGAAUGGACUUUUUAGACAGUCUUAAUUUUAAUAAUUUGUCUUACCAUUUCUCACUUUUUUUAUAGCCAUGAUAUGAUGGCACAUUUUAAGUGUGUGUUUUAGUAAGCAUCAAUACAGUGUACUGUAUUUACAAAAUAAUCCUUGUUAAACAAAGUUCUCACGCAUAAGGUUAUGACUGUAUGACUUGAAUAAGUUCUCUGGAAUGCACUGUAUGUGCACUAUCAAAAUUAAACCAAUUAAACUCAAUCCAAU